CUUCCUCUCUGGUCACCUGAUGGCUGAUGCCUUCUCGCCCUCCUCCCUGCGGCCCUGCCGCUACUAGUAGUUGCUCUCUUUCCCACCUCUCGCCCCCAGCUUCGUUUCCUCCCUCUCCCCUUCCGUUCCCUGCCCUGCCCUGCCCUUCCCUUCCACCACCCCCACUUCCCAACCCUGGAUCCAAAUCCCAACCUAUCCCAAAACCGAAACCGCGGCGCGCAAGCAAUUAUUAGCUAGGUAUCUAGGCUGUAGCUCCGAGAUCAUGAAGCGCGAAUACCAAGACGCCGGCGGGAGCGGCGGCGAGAUGGGUUCCUCCAAGGAUAAGAUGAUGGCGGCGGCGGCAGCGGCGGCGGGGGAGCAGGAGGAGGAGGUGGACGAGCUGCUGGCCGCGCUCGGGUACAAGGUGCGGUCGUCGGAUAUGGCGGACGUCGCGCAGAAGCUGGAGCAGCUCGAGAUGGCCAUGGGGAUGGGCGGCGUAAGCGCCGCCAACGCCGCCGUGGACGACGGGUUCGUGUCGCACCUGGCCACGGACACCGUGCACUACAACCCCUCCGACCUGUCGUCCUGGGUUGAAAGUAUGCUGUCCGAGCUCAACGCGCCCCCGCCCCCUCUCCCGCCCGCGCCCCCGGCUCCGCGGCUGGCCUCCACCUCGUCCACCGCCACGGGUGGCGGCAGGUACUUUGAUCUUCCGCCCGCCGUCGACUCGUCUAGCAGCACUUACGCCCUGAAGCCGAUCCCCUCGCCUGUGUCGGCGCCGGCCGACCCGUCCACUGACUCGGCCCGGGAACCCAAGCGGAUGCGAACUGGCGGCGGCAGCACGUCCUCCUCCUCCUCCUCCUCUUCAUCUCUCGGCGGCGGUGGCGCCAGAAGCUCAGUGGUCGAGGCUGCUCCGCCGGCGACGCAAGCGUCAGCGGCGGCCAACGCGCCUGCGGUGCCGGUGGUGGUAGUGGACACGCAGGAGGCCGGGAUCCGGCUCGUGCACGCGCUGCUGGCGUGCGCGGAGGCCGUGCAGCAGGAGAACUUCUCAGCCGCGGAGGCGCUGGUGAAGCAGAUCCCCAUGCUGGCCUCGUCCCAGGGCGGCGCCAUGCGCAAGGUAGCCGCCUACUUUGGCGAGGCCCUUGCUCGCCGCGUGUAUCGCUUCCGCCCGGCCCCCGACAGCUCCCUCAUCGACGCCGCCUUCGCCGACCUCCUCCACGCCCACUUCUACGAGUCCUGCCCCUACCUCAAGUUUGCCCACUUCACCGCGAACCAGGCCAUCCUCGAGGCGUUCGCCGGCUGCCGCCGCGUCCACGUCGUCGACUUCGGCAUCAAGCAGGGGAUGCAGUGGCCGGCUCUUCUCCAGGCCCUCGCCCUCCGCCCUGGUGGCCCCCCUUCGUUCCGCCUCACUGGCGUUGGCCCGCCGCAGCCAGACGAGACCGAUGCCCUGCAGCAAGUGGGUUGGAAGCUUGCCCAGUUCGCUCACACCAUCCGCGUCGACUUCCAGUACCGGGGCCUCGUUGCUGCCACACUGGCAGACCUGGAGCCGUUCAUGCUGCAGCCCGACGGCGAGGACGCGGAUGACGAACCCGAGGUGAUCGCCGUCAACUCAGUGUUCGAUCUGCACCGGCUGCUCGCGCAGCCCGGCGCCCUGGAGAAGGUCCUGGGCACGGUGCGCGCCGUGCGGCCAAGGAUCGUGACCGUGGUCGAGCAGGAGGCCAACCACAACUCCGGCUCAUUCCUGGACCGCUUCACAGAGUCACUGCACUACUACUCCACCAUGUUCGAUUCUCUCGAGGGCGCCGGCUCCGGCCAAUCCGAUGCUGCCUCGCCGGGGGCGGCCGGUGGCACUGACCAGGUCAUGUCCGAGGUGUACCUCGGCCGGCAGAUCUGUAACGUCGUGGCGUGCGAGGGCGCGGAGCGCACGGAGCGCCACGAGACGCUGGGGCAAUGGCGCAACCGACUCGGCUGCGCCGGGUUCGAGCCCGUGCACCUGGGGUCCAAUGCCUACAAGCAGGCGAGCACGCUGCUGGCGCUCUUCGCCGGCGGCGACGGGUACAGGGUGGAGGAGAAGGACGGGUGCCUCACCCUUGGGUGGCAUACGCGCCCGCUCAUCGCCACCUCGGCAUGGCGCGUCGCCGCGGCGUGAUCGGUAGUUUCGGACGCUGAUGAAGACGCACGUCCCGAGCAUUGGCACACCCUCCCCAGCUCGCCGGCACAGUUAAAGCUAGAUGUCAAGGAACUCUGAAUUGCAGUGAGCGUCCGGGCCACGGUUCUCGCCGGCGUGAUGAGAUGGACACUGAACUCCGACCGGACCGGCCUGUUCGUUCUUGUUUCCGAUCAAUCUCAUCCCCCUUCCUUAAUCCGUGAACUAUCGUAGCCUAUUGUUAUGUUUAAAUGUCUAUUACUAUUAUGUGUAAUUCCUCCAAUCGCUCAUAUCCAAUAAGGACGAACCUGAUUUCUUUAGCUCGAAUGAGAAUUUUGUAUACAAGGCAUCUCAUCCAAAACUGAGCUUUGUUCAUCUGUUAGAAUGCUUCAAUUCUCGCAUGAUCACAAUGCUA